AUGGCGCCGCGGAGGUUCAGCGAUGGGCGCGUAUUAGAGAUGGACUCGCGUAGGAGGAGGAAGCUGUCUGGAGUCAUGGUGGCGUUGAUGGCAGAGAGGCCUGGCAAGACCGACACGGCUUGCAUCCUGUACGAGGCGCUCCACUACAUAGGCUUCCUGCACGGCCAGGUUCAGGCGGUGGUGGAGAAGCUAAGCGACCUGAGGAGCCGAGGGCUGUGCCUGGUGCCGAUCUGCUGCAGCGACCGCGUCGCCGGCGUCGACGUCUGCUCGUUGGUGGCCGCGAUGGAGUUGGCGGCGGAGGAGGAGGCUCCUCCUUGGAUGCUGCGUCUGCGUGGGGAUCAUCAUCCCGGGCAGCCGGUCUAG